CUUUGCGGUUGAGAAACUUCAAUGAAGAAAUACAUAAACAAAACUCUUUGUGAUAAUUUGUUGUGGGCGUUGCCCAACUGUGAUAUCUACUGAUAAUUCAUUGAUUAUAAGUUGAUAAAAUUGUUCUAGUGUAAAUGUGUUCUACGAUAGAUAAAGUGUCGAGUAGAAACUUCAAAGUUGCUUUUUUUCAUGCACGUCGUAAAAGUUAAAAUUUUGCACAAAAUUGGCUGUAACCGUGUUUAUCUAGACUUGUGAUGCGUUUAUUGUAUAAAUUUGCAGCUAAUUCAGACUUAAACCCAACCAUAAUACUAGUUUAAUUCAUAAAAAUCCUCAAAUUCACUAAUCUAAUUAGUUGACUAAUCUUGGUUAAAGUAUGUGAUUCAUUCUCUUCGUGCAAGUAGGUGCUUCAAUUAGUAGACCGAAACCUGUGCAAUAUGUGUGUGACAAUGUUAAAAACUAGUAUAAUUAUACUUUGGAUGUUAAUACAAGUGAAAUCUCAGUCAAACAAGGAUUUAUACAACAAUGAUUUGUUUAAAAGACCACAGGAGAAUCGCCUACCUAAACCGGGGGACAGUGACUACAGGACUUACGUUUAUAACAACAGAAGAUAUGGUGCUGAUCCAUCAAGAUAUAACCCUUACAAUCCCAACAUAAACCAACCUGGAGGUUUCCCAUAUAACCCCAUAGUGACCAACCCUUUGGAUGAACAAUUUAAGUUUAAUACUAACCGAGACCCAAACAACCCAGAUUCACUUUUUCCUGGUGUUCUCGGCGGUUGGCGGGAAGACUUACAAGGCAAGGAGAGGAGAGACUCAAGGCAGCUGAAACGGGACAUAUUUGUGAAUACCAACUAUGGACAAGUACAGGGAUUUAAGGUGUAUUUGUAUGACAACCCUGACCCGAAUUCUGGUUACCGACCCUGGUUGACACCGGUAGAGAGGAUACAGGGAGAGGCAUCAGUUUUCCUCGGAAUACCAUAUGCGAGACCUCCAGUGCUUGAAGGAAGGUUUAAGCCUCCUCGGCAGCACCCAGGUUGGCAGCUGAUGCAGGCCGUAGACUGGGGUCCAGCAUGCCCGCAGCCGGUACGCUUCACUGGGGCCACCAAGGGCAUACGAGACAUGGACGAGGACUGCCUGUAUUUGAAUAUAUUCUCCCCCAAUACGGAGGCAGGCACCACCGCUCAGAAGUAUCCAGUUAUGGUGUAUAUCCAUGGUGGGCAAUUCACAUCGGGAGCGUCCAACUUGUUUCCCGCGCAUAUGCUGGCCGCUUUCUAUAAUGUCGUUGUGGUGUCUAUUAACUACAGAUUGGGGGCACUUGGAUUCCUAUCAACGGCGGACGAGAACUCCCCCGGCAACUACGGGAUACUGGACCAAGCGAUGGCGCUGCGAUGGGUGCAUGAGAACAUUGAGCCGUUUAAUGGGGACAGCGCUUCCAUUACUCUGUUUGGCCCAGGCGCGGGCGCGGCGUCCGCCGGGCUGCUAGCGCUUGCACCGCGCACUAGUCAUCUGGUCUCCAGGGUUAUAGCACAGAGCGGGUCCGCGCUUGCCGACUGGGCACUCAUAGAGGACAAGUACCGAGUACAGAACACGUCGCUGGUGUUCGGGCGGCUGCUGGGCUGCCCCAUCGACUCCUCGUGGAAGCUCGUCAACUGCCUCCGCCAGGGUAGGAGCUUCUAUGAGCUUGGGAAUGCUGAGUUCCAGCCGCAUGUAGGAUUCAUACCGUGGGGUCCAGUACUGGAGAACAACUUCACAUUCCCCGGCGACCAGUGGUACGAGGGCUGGCGCGAGUCGGACUGGCACUUCGUAGACCAAACACCUGACCAGCUGAUUGCUAAACGACAGUUCAACCCGGCGCUGCGGUAUAUGACGGGUGUGACGACGCAGGAGGCUGCGUAUGCGCUGUACACGAACGAGACUCUUGCCCCCAACUACGAGAUCGACGAGCGGUGGUUCGAGGAGAAGGUGUGGGAGUUGGUCAUGCGGUACAACUACACGCUCAACCCGCGCGGCGUGUACGAGGCGGUGCGCUACAUGUACACCUACCACCCCGCGCCGCACAACACCAGCGCCGUCCGCGACCAGUACAUACAUCUGCUCUCCGACUUCCUCUACCGAGCACCCACAGACAAGAUAGUCAAAUUGCUACUAGAACAGAAAGUACCUGUCUACAUGUACGUGCUGAACACAACAGUGGAAUCAUUCAACUGGCCAGAAUGGAGGCAGUAUGGACACGAUAUAGAACAUUACUUUCUUACCGGAGCCCCGUUCAUGGAUCAAGAGUUCUUCCCGAGAAGACAGAGAAUCGAGCGUCAGGCUUGGACUGGAAAUGAUAGGAAUAUGAGCCAUUUCUUCAUGAAGGCGUUCUCGGAUUUCGCUAGAUACGGUAACCCAACCCGCGCUCGCAUCCUCGGCGUUCACUUCGAAGAGGCGACGGAGGGUCAACUGCGGUACCUCAACCUCAACACCACGUACAAUUCCAGCAUCCAGCUCAACUACCGCCAGACCGAGCUGGCUUUCUGGACGGUCUACCUGCCGACUGUGAUUGGGAGAAUCGUGCCCACUUACCCGCCUUAUACUGAGUACUGGUGGGAGCCGAAGCAGCCGCUGCAGAUAGCGUUCUGGUCGGUGUCAAGCGCGUGCCUCGUGCUCAUUGUGCUGCUAGUUCUCUGCUGCCUGCUGUGGCGGAAUGCUAAGAGAGAGACGGAUCGAUACUACGGCGGUGACGUCUUCUUGGUACCAGAGUUGGACCGCGGCGUGGAAACGUCCUCGCGCGCCGAUCUGUACGAAUACCGCGACCUGCCGCAUAAGCAGGCCCCGCCCACAACCACGAUGAGCAACGCGACAACCCUGCAAUCUUUGAGGGCGCCGUCGGUAGCGUCUUCAGAAUCCGGUCUGUCGCUAAAAGAGAGCGUCGUAUCGGCCAGCCCUGAGCCACGACCUGCCCCGCGCCCCCGCUCUCGCACAACCCUAGUGCAUGGUGUACCGCAGACUACCGUGUGAGAUCGAUGUUUUUUACUUUUAAAUUGUUUUAAAAGAUUGGUCUACAAUUGAAUGAUAUACUUUAUGUACGAAUAAACACCGCAUUUAAAUUUUAUAACGUUGACAUUCAGGUCCAAAAUUCUGUUUGUCAGUGACCGUGCACAAAUAAGAAAGACCAGACAAUAUUAUGGACAGUAUUUUGAUCGUCGUUAAGUUCAGUUGCAGAAGAUCCAGGUCUUUGAAUUUUCUGUCUUACAUAGAAUUUCAUCGAUCGUGUUUUGGAAGACUAAAAUACGCAUUAGCGAUCAAAAUAUAGUAGACGUCCGUUUUUCCGUCGGACGUUUUUCACAUUCAGAUUUUUUAAAGAUUGCACGAUUGAUGUAAAGAUUUGUGUUACAAACACAACAUAUGAAUGAGUUAGCAAGGGCUACAGUUUAAAAUAUAAAUUAUACUAUUUGUCAGUUUAUGUUACAUAGCAAUGGCUAAACGAACAUGUAAUGUAAAUAUUAAUAAAAAAGUGUUUUAAUCAGAUCUCAGCUAGGUUUUUCUUGUAUUAUAACAAUGUUGUAUUGAUACAAUUUUCCUACCACUUUUCAAAUACAUUCCGAUAUACUACAAAUAUGAUAGGACUGUAUGCAUAUACCAUAGCUUACGAGGUUGCCAUAGAAUAGACAAUUUACAGACUGAAUAAUGACUUAUUUUAGGCACAAUGUAGAUUUACGUAAUGUACAGGUAGUAUAGGUUAGUUGUUCCAUUUUUAUACAAUCGCUUAUUUAAAACACACAGUGGCCUUCAUCAAACUAAUUCGUGUUUAUUAAUAUAAAUUAUAUAUAAAU